CCUUUGUGUAUGUGUGAGUGUGUUAGUGUGCGUGUGUUAAUGCUGACCAAAAUAAAACGAAUGCUGUAAAGAAGUAUCGUCGAAACUUGCGAAACCCGAAACUAAAACGGAGAGCUCACAGACAUUAGUUGAACACCGUGACUCGACAUAGUUCAUUGGGAUGCUAGUCGAGUACCGGCCGGUGACUCAGUUUCUCUAUCUAUUGUGCGGGCAAUAUUCCUGCAUUGUCGUCUCUUUGUUCUUAGUUGUUUACUUUCAAACUAGAUAUUAAUUUGUUAAGUGUAUAUUUGUUGUUUCGUUGUUAAAAAGAAACUCUAUAAUAAUGGCAACAUCUGAAUCGGGAAUUCCUGCAGCGGAGUCAUUGCCUCGUGAAGCUUUAAUAGAUACUGCCAUCCGGUUUCUUACUAACCCCAAUGUGGUGGAUCGGCCUUUUCAUCAGAAGCAGUCGUUUUUAAAAAGCAAGGGUAUGACGGAUGAAGAAAUACGCAUAUCAUGUGAGCGUUCCAAUGUUCAAGUUUCUGUUCCCCAUCAAAGUCAGGGGUCUGUCAUUCCUAUGUAUGGUGUUCCUCAACAUGUUGUGGUCCCACAACAAUCAAGUGUAUGGAUUCGCCUCAGAGAUUUCAUGCACACUCUUGCUCUUCUUGGAGGCUUUGGAUAUGUCAUCUAUUGGAUUUAUAAGUCUUACAUCGAACCUUUCCUGUUCGGCCGCCCUAAACCAAAGAAAUCUGCUGAGGAAAGCCUUUCAUCAAUCGAGGAAGCUGUUACCAACGUCAGUCGUAGCACUAGUGAGUUGAGGUCAGAACUCCGGUCCGAGCUGAGCCGCAUAUCACAUGAACGUGAAUCAGGUGCUGUUCGAACUUUGGCAGAAAUCAAAUCUGACAUUGCAACAGUUAAAGGACUUCUUUUGAACAGACAACAGUUUCCAAGUGCUCCCACCACUGCUACACUAAGGACUGGCCUAAAUGUGAAACCAACUAUUCCAGCAUGGCAGAUGAGUACUGAGCAGAGAAAUAGUUCUCAGGAAGAUCAGGAGCAGAAUGGCAACAAGGUUUCACAAGGGGCAAGUAAGUCACUUUCUAUGGAUUCAUCAGAUGUCAAUGGCCAUAGUACAGCUGCCAAUGAAGAUAAUCUCCUCAAUGAAAGUGACACUAAUGGAAGUUCACUCAGUUCAACAUCUAAUGGCAGUGCCCUGAUGUCAGAGGUGGUGCCUGAGUGAAAGCAAAAAUCUACAUGUAUAUCAAACGUGAAGCCUACCUAUUUCACCAAAGUAGUAACACUGUUUAUAUUUUUAUAAAAUCAUGUUCCAUUUUUUUCUAGUAACUAGUCACAUGAAUCAACUAAUACUAAGCUCAUUGUUGGUUCAAAUUUUAAUUUCUCCAAGACUUUUAUGGUGAGGGUAAUUUACAUGAAAUGUAAAAUAUUGUUGUGUUGAAAUCAAGUUUUAACCAUUUUAAGUUCUUAUUUAAUCCCUUGAUCAAAGCAUAAAUCAACGUGUUUAAGCCAGUUGUAGGAUUUGUUUCUCAGUGUAACUGUAUUUAUCUAAUCACUCCAGCUGUUUUAUAUAUUUUUGUAAAGUGAUAAAUUGCAUUCCUAUGAAUUAAUUCAAAGCUGGUGAGGGUGGUAUUGUUGAAUAAUUCUUGUAUUUGGUAGUUGUUUUUUGCAAUUACUUGCCUGUGUUAAAAAUGUGAAACCUAUUGCCAUUAUGGUACUUCCAAUUUUACUGUUUCAACAGUCCUGUGCUCAAUUCCUUUCUUUAAUGCCACACGGUCCCCUCUGAAAAUUGAUCAAUUUAAUGAAGUUACAUUAUUCAAAUUUGAGGUGUGAACCUAGUGUGAAUUAUGGAACUAAAUAAAGCAGGGGUGUUUUGAACAAGA